AUGGGAUCAAAAAAAAAAAAGAGCAAAUUCAAUCAAAUUAUUAAUAGAAUCAAAGUCAGACAACUACUCGUUGAUCGGGUGACAAACAAUGAUUCAGAGAAACUAGUCAAGAGAUACUACAAUCAAAAUAGAGAAGAACGAACCCCAGACCUUUAUGGAUUCCUACAAGACAUACUUGUUCAUCCAAAUAUGAAUAACUUGACAUUUGAAGAAUCAUGUGCGUUGGAUUCUUCACUACAUAAUAAUUUCUUGGAAGUGGUUUAUCAUUCUAUGGAACGUUUCACAAGUGAAGAUCAUAUCGAUCUCUAUAUAAUUGAUAAGUUAAUUCAAACAAUCACUAGCUCUAUCAAAAAAUACUCUUUUAGUUCAAACAAUGACAGACACUAA